CACGAUAAAACCCUCUUGUCUCCCCCGCCCGCGGCCGCUGCACUUCUCUUACUCUUCUCUUCUCUCCUUCACUUGCAACAACCAAACAGCUGUACUCUCCGUAUCAUAACCCAUUGCAUCCCCGCUUUGUAAGUCUCCUGCUCCACGGCCUGCAUAUGCCGCUGCUUCGGCGCGGCUCUCCGGCGUGCCUCAAUUGACCAUUUCACGCUGUCUUCGCCCUCUCCUCCUGCACCUCCUCGUUGCUACACACCCUCGCUGACCACCCCGAUACAGGCAUUGAUUCCCAGCAAAACAUCCACACCAUGUUGCUCUCCUCUCUCCUCUUCGUGGCUUCGACCCUGUCCCUUGCGGCGGCCCAGAACGAGUCUAGCAGCCUGCCGCCGGGCAUGCAGCCGUGUUGCCAGGUCGAUCCCAACGUGAUUCCUCAGGACCUGCGCAACUCUUGGUGUCUGGCCCAGCGCAACACGUGCCCCGAGCUUUGCGGUGGUAUCGGCCAGCUUGCGCCGAAGGGACAGAGCUGCGACACGAACACGCUCGAGUGGACGUGCGAAUGCCGCAACGGAACCAAGCCUGAUGUCGCCGCAUAUCAGCAAACCGUGCCCGCCCAGAUGUGCCGCUUCUGGUUCGAUCAGUGCAUCAAUGCAACCAACGAGAACCUCGAGUACCAGGUCGAAUGCCAGAACCAACGGGACCAGAAGUGCGGUAAUCUCACGACGGAUGCCUCCAAGCACACCUCAUCUUCGGCGUCCCCCACUGCCUCUGCAACAGGCACUGGCAGCGGCGGUCAGGAGUCGCCCUCUACCACUGGAGAGGCCCCUGCCUCGACGAGCUCGCCCGGUGCGGCCUCGACGCUGACUGUUGCCCGCGACUAUGGCACCGUCCUUCUUGCAGGCGGCAUCGCUGCCAUCUUUGGACUCGCCCUGUAGGGCGCCUGGUGGCGUCGAGGGACGGACUUGGGACCUUGGAAUGAGAUGGGUGCUUGCGCGACACGCCGACCUUAUUUGCAGACUUGUAUUUGGUGAAGGACAUGUAUUUCCGGAGCCUGGGUGAGUCGGACGGAGGAUAAUGGCAUUGCGUGUCUAAUAAUGAGCGACGAGUAAUUCCGAGGAUGACGUUUAAAUGGACGGGACGACAUGACGAUGGGAGGAUGAUAUCCAAGUAUGACGAUAAUAAUUCUGCAGCGAAUGCAGUGCGAUUCCCCAAGCUGGAUUUGAGAAGUACGAUGAGCCGUCUUUGUGAUGUAUUUCUUCUGGGUGCGAAUCAUGUCGCUGCGGUGACAUUGGCUAGAUGGUGCCCAGGUGGACGAGGUCGGGG